AAAAUAUAUUAUUUGGCAAUAAUAAUAAAAUGCAAGCCCUUAUUAUAUUUACUAUGUUUAUGAUUCUUUUAGUUUAACCAGCAAAGGCAUAUUCUGUUUUUGAUUUUGGAUAUAGUGAUUUAGAAAAUGCCAAUCCAACUUAAUUAAUUUAUAACGUAAAAUAUAAUCCAAAUAUAUAGAUCUCAGCCUAUUCAAUCUUAGGGAUUUUACAAUAUUUAUUAGUAAGUGCAAUAUUUGAAUUGAAAAACCCUAUGCCAAAGAAUAAGUUAAGAUUGAACAAUAUUAAAAGAGAAAUAAAAUAUGGGAUAACAUAAAUAUUUUUAUAAGUUUCGUACUCAAUGGUAUCAAGUGUGGAUAUGAUUAAAAUAGAUAUUUUAUCAUUAUGUUUAUCCGUAUUGCAAAUGGUAUCGUUAUUAUGAAAUAAACUCAUAUGGAUUGUUGAAUUUUGGAUAUGGAAUGAUCUUUUUAUAUAUUUGGACAACCAGUAAGUCUUCAAAUUAAUGUAAUAGUUUUGGGAUAUUGGGUCCAUAGAAUAUUUCAUUUCAGAUUUCUCUAUAAGCAUGUUCAUAGUGUACAUCAUUCAUUUAGAGAACCUACUGCUUUUGGAUAUUGCGCAACUCAUCCUCUUGAAGGAAUUAGUGAAGUUAACACAGUAUUACAUUUAGCAGAAUUGAUAUUACCUAUUCAUCCUUUAAUGACUUUGUUUUUCUUUGAAUAUAUAACAGUUAAUGAGAUGAUGGGACAUGAUGGAGGGUAUAAUAAAUAAUAUAUAUAUAUUUAGAGAGUAUGAUCAUUCAGACCAUUAUAGACAUCAUCUAUAUUAUGUAGUUAAUUAUGGUGAUACAAUAAUGGAUGAUUUUUUUGGGACUGCUUACAAUUCUGUAAUUUUAUUUAGUUAAUUUUAAUAGAAAAACUAUUAGAUAAAGGCUAAAUGUAGUUAUGUAGAGAAUAUAGAGGAUAGAAAGGAAGCCAUAUUUAUGAAAUAUAAAUGAAAUGUUAGU